AUGACGUCACUUCCGUGUUUGCCUGCCGCUGGCCACCCCGCCCACAGCAAUGAUUAUUGUCUCAGAGAAGGGGUGAAGGUCUGGAGAAGGUCCGAGAUAAACCUGGUCCGGUUUGGAGCGGAUUUAACCCAGUUUGUGAGCUGGUUUUGCAACCGGUUUGGGACCGUUGGGUCCUUUUAUCUUGGUUACCAAAGGGGUUGGGCUAUUUUGAUUNCUGUCAAAGACAGAAACAGUCUGACCUACCUGGACGCCUUCAUCUACGAAACCAUGCGCUUCACCAGCUUCGUCCCUAUCACCAUCCCCCACUGCACAACCUCAGACGUCACCAUCGAAGGUCUCCACAUCCCCAAAGACACAGUGGUCUUCGUCAAUCAGUGGUCCAUUAAUCACGACCCCCUGAAGUGGAAGGAUCCACAUAUCUUUGACCCCUUGCGCUUUCUAGAUGAAAAGGGCUGCCUUGACAAGGAUAUCACCAACAACGUUAUGAUCUUCUCAGCAGGGAAGAGAAGAUGUAUUGGGAACCAGAUUGCCAAAGUUGAGAUAUUUAUGUUCUUUGCAAUCCUACUCCACCAAUGCAGAUUUGAAAAACGUGAUAAUGAUGACCUGUCUUUAAACUGCUCCUAUGGUUUAACACUAAAACCGUUAGACUACAAGAUCACUGCCAAAGUUAGGGGGAAAUAAAACUUGUGAAACUGCUUGUCCAGUUAAGGAAAAACCAAUAUAUAUAUAUAAGGUAUAAGGUACAAUAUAAGGUACGUGUUCUAAGAAAAUAUUUAUAGUUGCCUUGUAUCACAAGGACUUUUGUUUUAUAAGCUUUGAUUAAACUAAAUAGGAAAUGAUAAGCUUCCUUACUUCAGCUGCUAAAAUUGUGACAAUAUUGUGUUCUCACUAUUAUCUGGACUUCAAAUGCAAAUUGUAUUCCUCAACUCUUGACUAAAAAAAACUAAAUAUAGCUGCCUCAACAUGUAAGAAAAACAAAUAAUGUAAUUAAAGCUUUUGAUGUAUAUGCCCAAAACCCUAAUUCAUAAUAAACCAUGAGUAUGUAUUGUUAUGUAUAUGAGGGUAUUUAGUGAGUCAUUUUAGAGUCACCCCAAAUUGCAAUAUAAACCAGUGCUUAUUUUGUUUUUCUCGCUGAUGCUGAAAAAUCAUGUGCCAGCUGUGUGGUCUCUACUAACCAGUAAUUCACCCACACACUCAUUAAUCUUUCUGUGCAUUGAACCUUCUCAUGUUUGAGCUUAUACAGCGUGCAAGUCAUCUGUGCUGAUGUACUCCAAAAUCAUGCAUUAUAAUGUUGAAUUCUGUAAAAAACUCAUGUCUAAAAGUCACUUAUUUCAUUGUUGGUUAUACUGUCCUCCUUCCUUUACUACACAUAAAGAAUCACUGUGCAACUGGAUUUAUCUGGCGUGAAUAAUAAGCUGUAUAGAAUAGCCAUACGAUGUAUUAAAAUAAAUAUAACCCAU